CUCUCACUCGCUCUAAUAAUUUUAGCCGAACGAAGAGAGAGUCGUCACAGACAGUGUGAAAAAAGAAAAAACCCCAAAAAUCGAUUCAGAUGCAAGAUUUCUUCGGCUCCGUUCGCCGAUCUCUCGUCUUCCGUCCUCCCGGAGAUGAAGACAACAACCAAGAGAAUCAGCCUCCUUUCCCCGGCGUUCUCGCCGAUAAGAUCAAUUCCUGCAUCCGCAAAUCCAGGGCUCUCAUCAAACCCUCCUCCUCGCCUCCUCCCACCACCGUAGAAACUCCACCUCCGAUUUCGUGGAGGAAAGGCGACGUAAUUGGUAGCGGCGCGUUCGGUACAGUGUACAUGGGUAUGAAUCUCGAUUCCGGGGAGCUCAUCGCCGUUAAACAGGUUUUGAUUGCAUCCAAUUAUGCUUCCAAGGAGAAAACUCAGGCUCAGAUUCAGGAGCUAGAGGAAGAAGUGAAACUUCUCAAAAAACUAUCCCAUCCAAAUAUUGUUAGGUAUUUGGGCACAGUGAGAGAAGAUGACACCUUCAACAUCCUUCUCGAGCUUGUUUCCGGUGGAUCUAUAUCUUCGCUCUUGGAGAAAUUCGGACCUUUUCCUGAAUCAGUUGUGCGGAGAUUCACAAAACAGCUGCUUUUUGGGUUGGAGUACCUUCACAAUCAUGCAAUUAUGCACAGAGACAUUAAGGGGGCUAAUAUCCUUGUGGAUAAAGAAGGAUGCAUUAAACUUGCUGAUUUUGGUGCAUCCAAACAAGUAGCUGAGUUGGCUACGAUGUCUGGUGCAAAAUCUAUGAAAGGGACACCCUAUUGGAUGGCUCCCGAAGUUAUUCUUCAAACUGGACAUAGCUUCUCUGCUGAUAUAUGGAGCGUGGGCUGUACAGUUAUUGAAAUGGUGACUGGAAAGGCUCCUUGGAGUCAGAAGUAUAAAGAGGUUGCUGCUAUCUUCUUCAUCGGAACGACAAAAUCCCAUCCUCCAAUACCUGAUACUCUCUCCUCUGAUGCAAAAGACUUUCUGCUCAAGUGUCUACAACAGGAACCAGAUAUGCGGCCAACGGCAUCUGAGCUACUAAAGCAUCCUUUUGUUACGGGAAAACACAAGGAAUCUGCUUCAACUGAUCUUCUUUCUGUCGUGAAGAAUGGUAGCACUCCUGCCUUGUCAGAGUUAACUAACACUAAGUGCUCUCCACAUUCUACAUGCAACGAUGUAGGAGACAUGUGUAACUUGGGCAGUCUGAACUAUUCACUUGCAUCUCCUUUGAAAUCAAUCCAAAACAACAAUUUCAGGCCACAAAACGAUAAUGGAGGUGAGGAAGACGAUAUGUGUUUGAUUGACGACGACAAUUUUUUGACAUUUAACGGAGAGACAGGACCUUUCCUUGAAAAUAAUAGUGAUCUGAAGAAGAGCUCUGAUGCUACAAGAGAUAUUUCCAAUGAUUUGAGUUCCAAAUUUGACGAAAGUCCUUGUAAUGAAGAGAAAGAGACUAAAAUGAGCAUGGAAGUUGACCAACCGUCAUACUCAGAAGAUGAUGAGGAGCUGACCGAGUCAAAAAUUAAAGCCUUCUUAGAUGAAAAGGCUGCAGACCUAAAGAAAUUACAGACCCCUCUAUAUGAAGAAUACUACAACAAUUUGAUCACGUGCUCUCCCAGUGGAAUGGAGAGUAAUCUAAGUAGCACUAAAAGAGAGGACACUGCUCGUGGUUUCCUGAAACUGCCUCCAAAAAGCAGAUCACCGAGUCGGGGUCCUCUUGGUGGUUCACCCUCGAGAGCAACAGACGCAGUUAGUUGUACUAAGAGCCCAGGAAGUGGAAGUAGCCGUGAAGUGAAUAUGAACGAUGGAGGUGAUGAAGCUUCGCAGGAUGGUGCAUCAGCCCGAGUCACUGACUGGAGGGGUCUAACUGUUGAUACUGAACAGGAAUCAAAGAGCCAGAGUGUAGCUUUGUCGGAGAUAGAGAAGAAAUGGAAGGAAGAGCUUGAUCAAGAACUGGAAAGAAAGCGACAAGAGAUAAUGCGCCAGGCAGGGACGGGAUCAUCCCCAAGAGAGAGAGGCUUGAGCCGACAGAGAGAGAAGUCGAGGUUUGCAUCUCCAGGAAAAUGA